AUGUCAAAAAGAAUAAAGAACGUCUCCAUAUCGGUACCAAUUCUUUAUGGUAAUACUGCAAAGCAUCUUGCCGAUGAAAAGCGCACAGAGAAGACUCCUCCUGAUCACACUCACGAAUGGACAGUAUUUUUCAAACCUGUUCUCGAUAAUGUCGACCUUACACCUCUCAUAAAGAAGGUCACGUUCAAAUUACACGAAACUUAUGAAAACCCUGUUCGCUCUGUUGAGAGACCUCCUUACCAAGUAACUGAAACCGGAUGGGGUGAGUUCGAAAUUAUCAUCAAGGUACACUUCCAUCCUGGAGCAGAACUCGGCAUCAACGAGAAGAACUUCCAAAUAUUUCAUGGCUUAAAGCUCCACCCAUACAAUCCCAAGGCACCCAAAAGAGAAAAUGGCGAAGUGUACUCGGUUCUUUUUGACGAGCUAGUGUUCAACGAGCCUACAGAAGCCACAUUCGAGAUUCUUACUGGUAAACCACUGAACUUGCUUCCCUAUAAAUAUUCAGACCCACAGAAACGAGACCAAGAGUACUUACGGACAGACGAGAUUGACGAACUAGCAAGACUAGACGUGUACAUCUCGAAGGUCAAGGACGAGAUUGAGAAACAGCGCCAUGAGUAUAAAGAGCUAGAGCAGCAGAGAGCCGCUUUACUACAGUGA